AUGCCUGCUCGAUCUAUUCAAAAUCCCUCGGCACUCAUUGGAAAUGUCCCGACUCUCGAUGGUAGCUCGGUAACUUUUCCCUCCUGGCGCACUAGGCUAGAGGAGCUCUUCGCGAUCGUUGGGGUCCACGAUAUCGUCACCGGAGGACUACUUCGCCCGGAGACAGACUACAAAGAAAGCAAGCCCCUCACUCAGGGCUCCCAGAGACUCUACUAUGCCGAAGAGUCCGGAUCGGACUGGGAUACGCUCUCGGAUAUGGCUCGAGCGACAUUGAAAAUGACGCUUUCGAUCGAUCUGGCGAUGCGAUACAAGGAAACAAAGCCAGUUAGCCUACUCUUCAAGACUAUCUGCGAUGCUUAUGAGAAAAACACCAGGGCAAGAAGGAUGAUGCUUCAAGACUCCUUCUGGUGUGCUCGACACGACCCUAACAAACCCAUCGCGACCUGGAUCUCCCGGAUUCGAAACACGGCCUCCGACCUCAAGUCGGUGAAGCUAACCCCUGCGGAUCAGCAAGUAUGUGAUCGUCUUCUGCGCGGCUUGGACGAAUCCUGGAAGCCGAUCAGAGACCACCUCGUCUACUCUCCGAACGAGAUUUCCCUUGACGACGCCAUCGGGGCACUCGAGGCACACGAGGUAUCUAUGCAAGUUUCCUUCGAUCAAACGCCGGAAACUUUCGCGUCAUCGGCGGUCACUAGGAAGAAAAAGCCGGGCUGUUGGAACUGCGGUCAGGUCGGUCACCACUCGUCGGCAUGUCCCAACCCUCCCGCAAAGAACAAGGCAAAAGCGCGUUUCGAGGCUAGAGCCGGUGCGGUGUCUGUUGCGCGUCUAGGCGACGGCGGCCCUAGCGAGGAUGAAGAAGAAGAAGAAGAGGAAGACGACUUCGACCCAGAGAUUGAUGUCGUGUGGGCAUGA